UUCUUCCCCCAUUCACCCUCCCCAGGCACAUCCCAGAGCACCCACGCUGAGUGGCAAGGCGGUCCGGCGACGUCAAGGUCUUGCGGGGGACACUUCGCCGCCUCCCCACGCGAGAGAGCUCGCCUCGCCAGCCCUCCCGACGGCGAUCCUUCCCAGCGGAGAGAGAGCCUCAACUUGAGAGCGGUCGGCAACCUCAAGUGAGACCAGCAGAGGUGGUGGGAAAGAGCAACAGGGCCAGCGGAAGAACUGUGAUGAAAAGUGGGACCUAGGGGACCAAGACGGGUCGUUCUCUCCUGGGAAACAUCAAGCGGACUGGCAAGCCACCUACCCCCCGGCGGCAGAGCUGGGCCCCCCUACCCAGCCCAUGGAGCCGCCGGGAUCUGGGUUGGGGGGCGCCGCCAUGCUCACUGUCAUGGAUCCUUCAGUCACUCUGUGGCAGUUUCUUCUGCAAUUGCUGGAACAGCAGAGCAAUGGACAUCUGAUUGCAUGGACAUCCAAUGAUGGGGAGUUCAAGCUGGUGGAUGCAGAAGAGGUUGCGCGACUCUGGGGUCUGCGGAAGAACAAAACCAACAUGAAUUAUGACAAGCUGAGCCGGGCCCUGCGUUACUACUAUGACAAAAAUAUCAUCCGUAAAGUCAGUGGUCAGAAAUUUGUCUACAAGUUUGUCUCUUACCCGGAACUUUCGAGCAUAGAAGGCACGAAGGAUGAGGCAGGUACCAAAAAAACUGAGCAGGUCCCAGGUGAGGCCAAAGGGGGUGAAGGAGCUUUUGGUACCUCCAAAGCUCCACGAGGAGGCGGAGGUGCCCCACGUAGCAGUCGAAAUGAAUACAUGCGUUCCGGACUGUACUCCACUUUCACCAUUCAGUCACUACAGAACCCUUCACCCAUUGGACGGCCCUCACGCCAGGAGACAGAGAUCUUACCUGUGGUGCCUCCUCUUGCUGCUGCUCCCGAGCCAAUGGCCCCCUUUUCCAUGACCCCAGUGGAAGACCUUCCACAACUCCAUAUAAGCAUUGAAGAACCGGAGGAGUCUCAAGAGUCCCUACAGGUCAUAGUGGAGCCUAUUCCAUUGGAGACUCAUGCCCUUGAUGAGAAGGUGCUAGUGAAAGUGGAGGAGAACCUGGAUCUUGACGAAGAAGCAGCUGCUCUGAUGGUUUUAAUGGAUGGUGGAGCGAAGGAAGAGACAGCUCCUCCUGAGAAGUCUUCUCCGGAGAAGGAAUCUGUGGAGGCCGACCUGCAACAAGACGGAGAUAGGCUACUGAAGAAGGAAGCCCAGUUAUCUCCCAGCCUGGUGUCUGUUUCUCUUGAGGGACAGCCGCAGAAGGGCAAGAAGCCUAAAGUCUUGGAGCUUCCUUCAUUGCCAACUCAAGAGAAAGUGAAUGCAGCUGUUAACAGCCUCCUGGCACCAGGCGGGACGGGAAGCACCUUGACACCAACCACAGUUAUUUCCUCCCAUGCACUGACUCCAGUACUGCUCACCCCAAGUUCCCUGCCACCCACCAUCCAUUUUUGGAGUACCCUGAGCCCCAUUGCACCACGUAGCCCAGCCAAGCUUUCCUUCCAGUUUCCCAGUAAUUCUAGCUCACAGGUUCACAUCCCGUCACUCAGUGUGGAUGGACUCUCCACUCCUGUAGUCCUUUCUCCUGGUCCCCAGAAGCCAUAAUCUUUCCUCUGCAUCACCAUAUCCUCUACUCCUGCCAAAGAACUGGCUUGAGUCUUUUUUCAAGCACUUGGGGUCUACUUCAGCUAGACAGCUAUGUUGUCCCUUCGUUAACUGGAAGAACCCUUUGAUGAUUCAAGCCGCGUCAGCUUGAAGAAUGAAAAUGGCAUAGCAAGCAGAUUCAUCCAUUAAUCUUUGAUCUGCCAGAAUUUUUCUUUGAAACCAAAUGGUGUUUUGCUGGUAUCAAGCACUUGAUGUGUCGCACUUGCUUCUUGUUGCAAAAUUCAGGCAGCCCUCAAAUAUGUCUGUGAGGGCAAUGAGAAUAUAAGCUUUAUUUGGUCUCCUCUCCAAGAGGUUGCCCUUAUUUGACACUGUUGUGGCAAUAUGGCUUUCUUUAUCUGUCCCCUGUGGUGGUAGUCACUUUUAAUAACAGUUCAUCUGAUGGUCCAAGGUCAAGAAGGCUGCCAAUGUUCAUCCACUUUGCAAGAUAAAUCAAGUAUCUCACUUCAUCUCUACCUUUUUUUUUCCUGGCUUACUUUUAGCUUAGUUAUUAUUAGAGAAGUAGAUCCUUCCAGCCAGGUUCAUGUUAGGAGUAUACAAAGAAACCAGUGCCAGUCCUAUUUGUUUUGUCUAGAUAUGGACAACAUGUUGAUAUGCAAGCCAUUUUUGUUUUGGCAGGAUAUACAGUCAUAAGGAAUUUUGGUCAGCUUUGAUCUUGGAUGGAUAGGUGUGGGAGUGCCAUAGCGAUUCACAUCGGUUGCAGGGGAACAAAGUAGAGAAGAGGAAGCACUGUUGAUCAUGUUUCUUCCAAGAAUACUGAUAAGUCAUUAUUGUAUUUGAUUUAGCUUCAUAGGGGAAAAAAAUAAUGGGAUGUGUUUGCUGUGCAACACAGUAGGAAUAAACUGUCAGCCAUCUUCUAUUUGACCAGCAAAAGCAACAACAUCAGUUGCAUUUAGUUUAAACUCUGUUGAUAAUGAUUUUUUUUGACUCGCUGAAGUAGGAAUGUUUCUGAUAUUUCUUUGGGAGAAAAAUUCUCCAUCUGACACCAAGAAUAUAGCUGGGGAGGUUUCGAUCAUUUCCCCCCAUUGGUCAAAAGUCACCGAUGCGUCAACAUGGAGACCAGAGAAUGAAGUCUGCUUACAGAAUUCAAGACCUAGUUUUUGGGGGGUAGCAGAAUGGUUUCCUUAAUUUAUUUCCUGGCGAUCAGAGGUCAUGACAGAAAUGGCCAAAGGGGAAGUCUUAACCCUCUUUAUUUUUGACUGCUUUUUAUGGUUUCGUUUCUGUCAUCAUAGAAGAAAUGUCAGGCAUCAGCUAUUAUGGUGGGAAAUGUUAAUUACAGAUUGAUCCUGAUCUCACAUACCUCUCCAGUUUUCUUCCAACUCUUGAGUCAUCCUGGAAACAGCAGUGACAAAUCCACCAUCUUAACAAUCUCUUCAAUUCCUGGAGCCAAAAAAGCUUUUUUUUUUUUUAAUGGAAAAAGUGGAAAUGGUAUAUUUCUAUAGUUCCACAUUUUAUUUCAAGUGCAUCAUAAAGAGACUCUGCAAAGGGCUGCGUCUCUUUGUCAGUGGGUUUAUUAGAACUCAUAUAUUCAGAUGUCAAAAAUUUCAUCACUAGUUUAUUGUGGGGUAUUUUUGGAAGUUAUCCAUAAGUAUUUGUUAAUGCCACAAAAGAUACGCUAUUUCAGAGGUAUCAGCCAAUUCCUAAUCAGAGUUCCUGGCACCUUAUAUUUUUUCACAGAGUAUCUAUAUCUAUAUAUCACAAUUUUAUCUAUUGUCAAGAGAGUUGUAUUAAGAGAAAAAGAGAUGGUUAAGAUCUAUAUUUAUCUUUUCAUCUGUCCAUUUUGAUAGCUAUUUUUUAAACCACAGGAUGGGAGUGAGAGAAGAUUCUUUUAAAGUGAAGUUGGAAAGCAUUUGGCUCUCUAAUUGUUUGUAUGUACCUGUGUACAGAUUUUGAAAUGAAAAGUGUGGAGAAAUGUGGUUUUGAAAUUAUUCCCAGUAGAGUUUGUAAUGGAACGUCAAUAAUGAUGGACCAGGUUCUCUUAAGAGCAAUUUCCAACUGCGAUGGUUGAAGAUCUCAAGUCUUAGUUCAAACUAUUGAGAAGAUACCCCAGUCUGAAGCCUUUUCCAGGGUGUAGACCUGGGUGUUCCCUAAAGUGUUCCUUGGAAUCCUUGGUAUCGUUCCAGGAAUACUAACAGUUACUGAGCAGUUCUUUAGAAUAUGGAUAAUGAAAGUGGGCU